GUCUCUCCUCUCUCUCUCUCUCUCUCUCAACAAAGCACUCUUUCAUGGAAUCUCUAUCGCUGGCUCGGUUCUCCCCACCCCCUCUCUGAAAAAGAGAACUAAAAGACGAGCUUCUGCAACCUUUCCCUUUCUCUCGUCGCUUCAAAAACCUUAUUUUGAGGCAGCUAAGCCUUAAUCCCAGCGAUUUUUGUUCGUCGUUGAAGCCUUUAACCAGCUUUUGGGUUGAAACGAAGCACCAAAGCUGAAUCGCUUUCCUCCAUUUCCUACUGCUGUUUCCUGUUUCAACAAAGGGGCUCUUAAAGGCUUCUGUUUGUUCAAGCUUCCAUUUUUAUCUCUCGAGACGAGAUGGAUAGGGAUGUUAGAAGAGGGGGAUGUUUUGAAGAAGAUGAAGAGAGAAAGCUGGAGUUGCGGCUUGCGCCUCCUGGAGAAGACUGGCUGGAAUCCAAGGUGGAAGAUGACAAAGAUCACAUCUUUAACUCUGGUCUCUCUCUGAAUCCCUUCCCCAAUGCUUCUAAAUCCAUGGCAGCUCACCUUUCUGCUGGAGCAAAGAGAGGUUUCUUUGAAAGCACUGAAUCCAAGACAGAUGCUUUGCAGCAGCAGGAAAAAACAGAUUUUCGCCAUUUACAGAUCAAACCAGAGUUAGAAAAGGAUAUAUUGCAGAGGACAAAUGGAAGAGCAGAUCGACAGCUUUCUGUUGAGGUGAAGAAAUGCUGUCUUCCGCUACCAAUAUCUGCUACUUCUUCUGGGAGUUUAGCUGUAGCUCAUAAUAGCUCUCAGAUAAGGUCUGCUUCUACACCAGUAGUUGGUUGGCCGCCAAUUCGUUCUUCCAGAAAACAUCUCACCACUGCUUCAAAACAAGCAGUUGAGUUGAAAUCUGUAAGCUCUGAGUCAAAGCCGAAGAACGAACCGAUCCGUAAAACAUUUUUCGUGAAAAUUAACAUGGAAGGGAUCCCCAUUGGAAGAAAAAUUGAUCUACUCGCUUUUGAUUGCUACGAGAAACUCUCCUCGGCCGUCGACGAGUUAUUCCGCGAUCUUCUUGCCGCCCAAAUGGAGCCUAUUGCUGCAAUUAAGGAAAAUGUUGAAAAACAUGCAAUUAGGGGAUUGCUGGAUGGGAGCGGCGAAUAUACUCUGAUCUAUGAGGAUGAGGAAGGAGAUAGAAUGUUGGUUGGUGAUGUUCCAUGGGAAAUGUUUGUUUCUACAGCAAAGAGAUUGAGAGUGCUGAAGAGCUCUGAAGUAUCAUCAUCUUCAUCAUCUAUGCGAACAUUCUGCAGGAAGAAGAAAUCAAGUUGAUUUUUUUUACCAUAUUGCAGAGCAGAAAGCCUUUAAAUCCUUCUGACAAGCUUUAGCUAUUUGCCCUUUUUUUCUUCUUUUUGUAAAUUUUUUAAUUGUUCUUGUCAUAUUCUACUAAAAUUGUCUGCCUUUUUAAUUAUACAUUUACUUAAUUAGUCUUCUGUGUUCUUCUUCAGCCAUGAUUGAUCUGUAGUUUUAUAGGAAAUUUACAUACAUACAACAUAUUUCCUCUCUAAUUACAUAUCUUACAUGCCAGUGUUCUAAGCCUAUGCAUGUAAAUAUGAAUGUUGAGUUGUUAGAUAUGUAAAUACAGAAAAAUUAUAUGUUAUGAAUGUAAAUGCUCCAUGCAAAGAAGUGAAAAAUAAAAUGUGGACAGGUGGCUGAAUGACAGAGCUUGUUCUUCCUUGCAAGAAAUUCAUGUCGCCAUUGAUUGCACAUAGACAAUGAAAAUGAUUUUUAGGAGCUGAUUUUAGAAAUUAUUCCGAAAAGCCAAAUAGUCAAAGUCAAUCUUUGCUUUUCUUGAUAAAACAUAGGGAAAUUUACAUACCUA